CGCCUGCGCACUGGGUCUCCCCGGCCCGGCGUCAGUCGCCUGCUGGUCAUCAUGGCGGAGCCCCGGGACAAGGCGCUGCAGGACUACCGCAAGAAGCUGCUGGAGCACAAGGAGAUCGACGGGCGCCUCAAGGAGCUAAGGGAGCAGCUGAAGGAGCUUACCAAGCAGUAUGAAAAAUCUGAAAAUGACCUCAAGGCUCUGCAAAGCGUUGGGCAGAUUGUUGGUGAAGUUCUUAAACAGUUAACAGAAGAGAAAUUCAUUGUCAAAGCGACAAAUGGGCCAAGAUACGUUGUUGGCUGCCGUCGUCAGCUCGAUAAAAGUAAACUAAAGCCUGGAACAAGAGUUGCGCUGGACAUGACAACCCUGACAAUUAUGAGAUACUUGCCAAGAGAAGUCGACCCCUUGGUUUACAACAUGUCUCAUGAAGAUCCUGGAGAUGUCUCUUACUCGGAGAUUGGUGGAUUGUCAGAACAAAUCAGGGAACUGAGAGAGGUCAUAGAGCUACCCCUGACAAAUCCAGAAUUGUUCCAGCGUGUGGGGAUCAUACCACCCAAGGGCUGCUUGCUGUACGGUCCCCCAGGUACAGGGAAAACGCUCCUAGCCAGAGCUGUUGCCAGCCAGCUGGACUGCAAUUUCCUAAAGGUGGUGUCCAGCUCCAUCGUCGACAAGUACAUUGGCGAAAGCGCUCGGCUGAUCAGAGAAAUGUUCAACUACGCCAGGGACCACCAGCCCUGCAUCAUCUUCAUGGAUGAGAUUGAUGCUAUUGGUGGUCGUCGUUUUUCAGAAGGCACUUCAGCUGACAGAGAAAUACAGAGGACACUAAUGGAGUUACUGAAUCAAAUGGAUGGAUUUGACACUCUGCAUCGAGUUAAAAUGAUCAUGGCUACGAACAGACCAGACACCCUGGAUCCAGCAUUGUUGCGCCCCGGAAGGCUGGACAGGAAAAUCCAUAUUGACUUGCCAAAUGAACAAGCCAGGCUGGACAUACUGAAGAUUCAUGCUGGGCCUAUUACUAAACAUGGAGAAAUAGAUUACGAAGCAAUUGUGAAACUUUCCGAUGGCUUUAAUGGGGCUGACCUGAGAAAUGUUUGUACUGAGGCAGGCAUGUUUGCCAUUCGCGCUGAUCAUGACUUCGUCGUUCAGGAGGACUUCAUGAAGGCUGUUAGGAAAGUUGCCGAUUCUAAGAAGCUGGAAUCCAAGCUGGACUACAAACCUGUGUAGAUGCCAGGGUGGGUCAUGGGUGACUGUGAGUGCAUGGGGAAAGUGGAGCUUCGUAGGCGAAAUGUGACACAAACGUUCCCCCUUGAUUGUGUUCCUAUUGCAAGCAUUGUCUGUAUUACACCGGGCAAGGUGUCCAGCUGUUACUGCUAGUGAUGAGUCUGCUGGAGAGAGUGUGGAAUUCUGAAAGCAAGGCUGUCUCCGUUAAACCCCAGCCAAGUGCGGAGUGAAACGUGCUCCGAUGACUUUAUAAAAUGUACCAGGUUUAUUCCUUUUGGUGGAUUUUAAGACGGUGUUUUUCUUAUUUUGUAUAAUGUUUUCUUCCCUUAAAAAGGCAAAUAAAACUUGAUUUCCUCAGUA